GGACUGACAAGAUGGCGAUCAUUUUAGAAACAGAGGAGUUACUGCCGUGAAGGAGAGGCUCGACACCACCAUGCCCUGGGAGGGUCCCAUUUCUCAGCUCACCAUGGUUACCGUGGUGAUAUGAAGCCAGUGUGAAACGCUGACACACGCACAGACUCACACACAGACGGUCAGUUAUUGACUGACACAGCCAGCCAACUCGGCAGGCAGGCGUGUGUAAUGGACAGGUGUAAGCAUGUGGGGCGGCUGCGGCUGGCCCCAGACCACUCCAUCCUGAACCCCCAGAAGUGGCACUGCGUCGACUGCAACACCACCGAGUCUAUAUGGGCCUGCCUGGGCUGUGCUCAUGUGGCGUGCGGGCGCUACAUCGAGGAACAUGCUCUGCAGCACUUCCAGCAGCAGCGCCACCCGUUGGCUAUGGAGGUUAAUGAACUUUAUGUUUUUUGUUACUUGUGUGAUGACUACGUCCUGAAUGAUAAUGCCACCGGAGACCUCAAGCUGCUUCGUAGUACGCUCAGUGCCAUCCAGAGCCAGCGCUAUGAGGUUACCACUCGUAGUGGGCGCACCCUCCGCUCUGCUAGCGCCGCCCCUGAUGCCCUAAUGCCAUCCGGUGCCCGCGAGCUGCAGCUGAGGGAUGAAGAUCGGAUGUUUACUGCCCUCUGGCACCGCCGCAGGGCUCUCAUGGGACGUGUCUUUCGCUUCUGGUUUGGACUGACUGAAUGUGGACAGAGGAGGGAGGAGGAGGAGAGGAAGAGGGAGGAGGAGGAGGAGCAGAAAAGGGAGGCGAGGGAGAGGAGGCGGGCUCUAAAGAGGCAGCUACAAGAGGAGCUGGAGAAUGCUCCUCUGAGGAAGAGUCGGCGUUUACGAAGGAAGAGCCAGAGAGUGGCAGAUGCGGCAGUUACAACACCAUCACAGAGGGCACGCAACAAAGCAAAAACCCCUGCGACCCCGACUCUCACCCGUAGGCCACGGACUCAAAGCCCUGCCACUGCUACUCCAAAAAAACCUAGACGGACGAAAAAGGUCCAGCCAAUUUCCAAGCCCCGGAGCCGUUCUUCUACCACCAAAUCUAAGCCCAAAACGCCCUCAGCAACCCCCCGCACUGCCCAAACACCUGUGCGCCGCAAGCAGAGUACCAAACAGGGUGGCUCCCCCUUUAAGCGGCGUCCCACAGUCACUCCUGGAGUGACAGGCCUGAGAAAUUUAGGCAACACCUGCUAUAUGAACUCCAUCCUGCAGGUGCUGAGCCACCUGCAUGUCUUCAGGGAGUGCUUUCUGCGCCUGGACCUGACCCAGGCACUGGAGCUACUGGCAUCUGCCGUCCACGGCCAACUGGCAGGGAAGGCCUCGUCCCAAUCCCCCCUGUACCAGAGGAAGGGACUCCAGACCAGCUCAGGCUCUGGGGCAGGACUAAGUGGCGGGGCAUCACGUGCCCGCAACAUGGAGCUGAUACAACCCAAAGAGCCAAGCUCAAAGCACAUUUCUCUUUGCCAUGAGCUGCACACCUUGUUCCAGGUCAUGUGGUCUGGCAAGUGGGCGCUGGUAUCGCCUUUUGCCAUGCUCCACUCGGUGUGGCAGCUGAUCCCAGCGUUCAGGGGCUACGCUCAGCAGGACGCUCAGGAGUUCCUGUGUGAGCUGCUGGACAAGGUGCAGCACGAGCUGGAGAGCACCGGCAAGCACACAACCACUGCCGGAGUCCCACAGACACAGAAACGACUCAUCAAGCAGGUGCUCAGUGUGGUCAACACCAUCUUUCACGGCCAGCUUCUCAGCCAGGUGACGUGCCUGGCGUGCGACCAUCGCUCUAACACUGUGGAGCCUUUCUGGGAUCUGUCUCUGGAGUUCCCCGAGCGGUAUCACAGUAAUAGCAGGGAAUCGGCUGCGCAGGCUUCAUGCCAUUUGACGGAAAUGCUGGCCAAGUUCACAGAGACCGAAGCGCUGGAGGGAAACAUCUAUGCCUGUGACCAGUGCAACUCGGCUCGACGGCGGACCUCCUCCAAACCAGUCAUCCUGACCGAAGCACAGAAACAACUAAUGGUCCACAAACUGCCACAGGUGCUGCGGCUCCACCUCAAACGCUUCAGGUGGUCUGGGCGGAACCACCGGGAGAAAAUCGGAGUCCACGUCAGCUUCGACCAGCUUCUCAACAUGGAGCCUUACUGCUGCCGGGAGCCCUCGCCCAAAGGCGUGUCCUGCUCUAGUCCCAGCAGCCCAAGCUCUGCAGGCUCGCCACGGCCCAAGCACUUCCUCUAUGAACUCUCCGCUGUGGUGAUGCAUCAUGGGAAGGGCUUUGGCUCUGGUCACUACACUGCCUACUGCUACAACACAGAAGGAGGCUUCUGGGUUCACUGUAAUGACUCUAAGAUGAAUGUGUGUUCAGUGGAGGAGGUCUGCCGAGCUCAGGCUUACAUCCUCUUCUACACACAGCGAGUAACUCAGGACAAAGACCGGCCGCUAUAGGACCACAAUCCCCUGAACCCCUCCUACUGCUCUGCAGCCUGACCACUCAGCAAGAAGAUAUCAGCACAGCCCCACCUGUUGCUCUUUCUUACUUUCUUUGGGCAUUUUUAUAUUCUGGGAGGAUGGGUCUUUUUAGUCUAUUUUUCUAAAUAAGGAAAAAAAGAGAGGAAGGACUCCUUUUUAAAACCUGGUUCUGCUUUGUGAACUUCUUGUAUAUGGUGUUUAUAUGUAGGUAUUUUUU